GGCGGGGCUGGAAGCCGACUCUCGGGUUGCGGCUGCCGCGGGAGAGGCGUCUUCAGCAGCGGAGCAGGCGGCCGAGCGAGAGCUAGGCACUGACAGCGGGAGCGACUCUGGGUACCACUCCCAUACAAACAGAGACCCUCAGGGACCACAGUCUUGAUUUGGGGAACUCCUUCCUGUGGCCUCAUAGCUGCUCGCUCCGUUGGUCUGUCCCUUCAGCCUGGAUUGGUGACACACAGCCACUGGAGAUACUUCCAGGUUUGCUGGCAUGGGAAACUUGCUCAAAGUCCUGACCCGGGAAAUUGAGAAUUAUCCACACUUUUUCCUGGAUUUCGAAAAUGCCCAGCCUACAGAAGGAGAGCGAGAGAUAUGGAACCAGAUCAGUGCUGUCCUCCAAGACUCUGAGAGCAUCCUGUCAGACCUGCAGGCUUACAAAGGCGCAGGACCAGAGAUCCGAGAUGCAAUUCAAAAUCCCAAUGACAUUCAACUUCAGGAGAAGGCUUGGAAUGCAGUCUGUCCUCUGGUCGUGAGGCUGAAGAGAUUUUAUGAAUUUUCCAUCCGGCUUGAAAAAGCACUUCAGAGUUUAUUGGAAUCUCUGACCUGUCCGCCCUAUACACCAACCCAACAUCUGGAACGGGAGCAAGCCCUGGCAAAGGAAUUUGCAGAAAUCUUACAUUUUACCCUUCGAUUCGAUGAGCUGAAGAUGAGGAAUCCAGCUAUUCAGAAUGACUUUAGUUACUACAGAAGAACAAUAAGUCGCAACCGAAUCAACAACAUGCAUCUAGACAUUGAGAAUGAAGUUAAUAAUGAGAUGGCCAAUCGAAUGUCCCUCUUCUAUGCAGAAGCCACGCCGAUGCUGAAGACUCUUAGCAAUGCCACCAUGCACUUUGUCUCAGAAAAUAAAACCCUGCCAAUAGAGAACACCACAGACUGCCUCAGCACGAUGACAAGCGUCUGUAAAGUCAUGCUGGAGACACCGGAGUACAGGAGCAGGUUUACAAGUGAGGAGACACUGAUGUUCUGCAUGAGGGUGAUGGUAGGCGUCAUCAUCCUCUAUGACCACGUGCACCCUGUGGGAGCUUUCUGCAAGACUUCCAAGAUCGAUAUGAAAGGCUGCAUAAAGGUGUUGAAGGAGCAGGCCCCGGACAGUGUGGAAGGGCUGCUGAAUGCUCUCAGGUUCACUACAAAGCACUUGAAUGAUGAAUCGACUUCCAAACAGAUUCGAGCAAUGCUUCAGUAGAGCCCUGCUUGGAGAAGAGGAUCUGUGUGCUGACCUCAGAAGAUGUAUAUGUUUACAUAAUUUAAUACAGAUUGAUGUUAAUACUUGUGUAUUUACAUAACCAUUUCCUUCUUGUCACUGAAAUAUAUGGACCUUAAUUUGUAUCUUAGCUGAUUGAACCCAGCAGAGCAUAAAUUGACUUGAGAGCCUUACCUUUGAUGUCUGACAUGAAACUCCUUUCUCCAAAAGGCCAAAUUUGGAAACAUGGCUGUUGGCUGCUGGAGUCCUGUAAUGAUGCCUGUAACAAUCAGAAAUUCUUAAUAGCUUGUGGUAUUGUUUUAAUUCUAGAUGUAUUAUCUCUCUGGGAGUAUAGUUGAUAGAAACACAAAGUACUUGAUUUCCUGUGUCGGCUCAGAUACAAGAAACAGACACAUUUGUUACCCCGGCAAAGAGGAGAGGGAGAGAGAGAAAGAGAGAGAGAGAGAGAGAGAGAGAGAGAGAGAGAGAGAGGAAUCCAAGAGAAGAAAACUGCAUGAGGAGAGUGGAGCACACGUGUUCUGAGUUCAGCACACCCCUCUCUGCCUUCCGCCUGCAAACCCCACGUGCAGCUUUUCUGUAUGCACGUGUUUUAUUAAUCUGAAUAUUCACCUUCUGUCUCCGAUUGUGUUGCUUUUGUUCCCUUUUAGUUUUUGAAAGAGGAAAACGGCCUGUGUUUUAAUCAGCUAAUGAGGAGGCAAUGGAAUAGAUAGAGGGGUUCUUGCAGGAGGACUGAGGAAAGUAGCUAUCUUAAGAGUAUUUGAGAGAGAGUUGGCAUUAGGACAGUCAUAUCUGUGUCAACCCUCUGCCUGCAGGGACAGAUAAACGGGACUCUGUUUGUGAGAUCACAAAUAAAACCACUCACCUCCCCAGGAGUCUGCAGAGUUUUAGGUACUCCACCCCUCCUGAUAAGGAAGCCCCCCUUCUCUAUCAAAAUGGACUGCUCUUGUCAGAGCUGAGAGCGAAAGCACUUUGCUAAUUACUGGAAAACUGGAGGAAUUUUGAGAGAAGAAACCUAUGCUGAUUACCUGGUGUCUACCCCCACCAGUCUGAGUACCCUGGCAAAUUCACUUUUAGUCUCACAUUCCUCAAAUAUAAAAUACACAGUCUUGGAGCUGGAGAGAUGGCUUAGUCAUCAAGAGUACUUGCUGUUGUGGAAGACCUGGGUUGGAUUCCUAGCACCUACAUGGUGGCUCACAAAACUCUCCGUUACUCCAGUUCCAGGGGACCCAAUACCCUCUUCUGAUCUCUGUGGACGCCAGGCAUGCACAUAGUGCACUUACAUACAGGCAGGAGAAACACUUAUACACAUAAAAUAAAUUAAAAUAAAUAAAUCUUUUUUUAAGAGUCCUGGCAGGCUAGUAGGAGCCACCCAACCAACCUUCCUUGCUGCAUAAAUUCCAGAGUAUUGUCGCACUCAUUAUGAUGAAUAUCAUUAUCACUAGUCCUGCAGUCAUUCUGCUUAUAGGUUAGAGCUGAGUUAGGUUAGAAUCUUGGUAUCAUAUUCUGACCUGGAAAGAUACGGGCAUACAAGAUGAGUCCUACAUAGGACUAGAUCCUGCGGCUUUUCCCACCUAACUCUGUACUCUUUCCUCUUUACCAUGUGACCUAUUACUAUGUAAGGCAGAGCAUAUGGACCCUUGUAGAGAAAUCCCGAGUCUAGCCUGUGUUAUUGCUUGCAUAUCUUUGCUAGAAGGAGAGAAUUUUCCAGACAACUGAUGAAUGAUAAUCCUGGAAGACAGCUCUAGGAUGAUCAGGAUGUGGCAUCAUUUGGUUUGCAACAUUCCAAGAAAAGUGCUGUGAAAUAUCAACCUUUCCAGACUGGGGUGGCCAUCCAACAUUCCUUUCAGUCCUCCAAGAAAGAGGCUACGUGGUUUAUUUCAACAAAGAAACACAGACAAAUGGGAGAGCCGAUUUCCCAGUUUAUAUGUCAGUGUAGCCACCAGAUCAGGGAAAGGCCUUGUCCCUUCGAGCUUCCUAACAGAGUAAGUACAGACACUUGACUGAUACAGGCAUUCUCAACAGGACAGAAUUAUACCAGAUGGCUCCUGUGACCUUGUCAAGCCUAGGAAUCCCGAAAUUCAGAGAAAGCCAGAAAAUGUAAUCAUGCGGGGAUGAGACAUUCUCCAAUGUUGAGCGUUAGGGAUGGUCUUUUUGGCAACCAUAGGCAAAGCUUAGUUGGGCAACUCUCAAGCCUACAAGAGCAGAGAUGCACAAUAUUUAUAAGCAUUUGUCCAUUUGCCCUUUCCUCAGCAGAGGAGAUUAAGAUUUCAAAGAAGGGACUGCCCAGUUUCUAUUGGGCUCUUAGACACAGACCUGAGCCAUGAACCCAAGCCACGUAUCUACACCACAGCUGCCUCUCAAUUGGCUAUAUAAGAACACAUUAGGAAUUACCUGUCAGAUUAUAUAUAAAUAGUUGAGGACGUUUGUAACUUUUAGUUAGACUUUCUAUUCAGUGGGACCAAAUGUGUGUAUGGGUGCUGUCAGUCUGCUUCAGGCUAGCCAGUCCAUUGUCUCCAAGAUGAGACUCCACAGGACUCGGAUUUUGAGAAGCCUCAGGUCAUCGGGGAAAGGGGGGGGACAGGCUGAGUGUCUGUGAUCACUAACAGGGAAUGGGCCUUGAGUCCACUCCAGAACUGUUGUGGGAGACCAAUUGUCUAAACAGACUGUCCAUUGGGCAUCAGGAAUCCUCAAACAAUUUGUUUUUUUUUUUCUUUCUCUUUUCUCUUUUUCUUUGUUUUUUUGUUUUGUUUUGUUUUUGUGCUGCAUGCACAUGUAGCCAACACUCAUAGGUAAUUUGGAGGAAAAGUGCUAGCGACAGUGUCAUUGUUCACAAUACUUCAUAAUUGAUGUUUCAUCGUUUAAAAAAAAGUGUUUUAUAUGACUCAGAUAUUAAAUUUAAAGCAAGAAAGAAGGAAAAAAAAUGAUGUUUCCCAGAUAUAUUGCUACUUUGGCAUGGUAAUUCCUCUCCUGUUCACCUAGGCUUUCAUAGCGAAAGUUUGGUGGAAAUAGAUAUUUUUACUUGUGAUGACACAAUAGAGCCAGAAUGUCAGAUAACAACCAUGAAGAAGGUGUUGGGUGUCUUUUAAUAUUUAGUUAGUAUGUUCCUCAUCAACAUACACAUAUAUUCUUAGUUAUUACCAUUUUGCCAAACAUGAAUGGCAAGCCUAAGUUUUUGAAACAUCAUCACAAUUAAGUCCAAAUGUCAUACUUCUUCAAGAGCAAGAUAAAGCCUACACAAUCUAGAGAUCCAGUUGCAAUAGAGUUCAGACUCCUUAUUCAGUCUUAUGCCCUAGGCAUCUCUCAAGUGGUCUAGAUAUUAAUAACUAACACUGGGACUUUAUCUUUGCCAGCCCCAACCUUCAGAACUCCAUUGUCAUAGUACACCUGUAAAGAUGGUUGCACAUUAGAAGGGGCUUUGAAGCAGUUGUAUGUUGUUUGCUGAAGUCAUUGUUAAUUUUUUUUUUGCCUGCAUUGCCUCUUUUUGUACAGAACUUUUGAGUGUGAAAUGAAAAUUAAAGUUUGGUACAUACGUAAUUUAAAAUCA